AUGGGCUUUGGCGGUGGUUCCUGGGCUGAUGAGGUCGAGGAGACCUAUGGCACCCAGCCACUGCCCCCCAGCGACCGCGGCCGCUCCACGGGUACCAUGGGCACUAUGGGCGGCUCCAUGUUUGGCGGCGACCGAGGCGGCUACGCGUCCCGUGACUUUGGCCCCCAGCCGAUCCCCGAUAAGCCUCCCUACACUGCCCACCUGGGUAACCUCUCCUACGAGACUACCGUCGAGAACGUCGAAGAGUUCUUUGAGGGCUGCGACGUCGGCACCGUCCGUCUCAUUGAGGACCGCGAGAUGCAGCGUCCCAAGGGUUUCGGAUAUGUCGAGUUUACUAACGUUGAGGGCCUGAAGAAGGCUCUGACUCUGGAUGGUGACAUGUUCCAGGGCCGCAUGAUCAAGAUCAAGGUCGCCGAUCCUCCUCGCUCAGGCGACAGUGGUCGCGGUGACUUUAUCCGUGACAUGGGUGACUGGACCCGCAAGGGCCCCCUGGAGCCUGCUGCUGCUCCUACUCGCCGCGGACCCUCCGACUUUGGUGAGCGCCGCGGACCCUCUGAGUUUGGCGAGCGUCGUGCCCCUCGCGACCCCGCCGCCCCCGAGGGCAAGACGGCCCGCGAGCUUCCCUGGGAGCGCCGCGGACCCCUGGCUCCUCUUCCUCAGGAGGAGGCUGCUCCUGGCCCUCGCGAGGGCUCGCGUCCCGGCCCUGAGGGCAUGGGAGAACGCAGCGACUCGUACCGCAGCAACCGUCGCGCCUCGCCAGCCACAUGGGGUGAGGGAUCCGGCACUGCCCGCCGCGAAUACACUGAGCGCCCCGAGCGCCCCGAGCGCCCCGAGAAGCCCGAGCGUGCUGCCACCGCCGCCGACAAGGACUCCCAGUGGCGCGAGCGCAUGCGCCCCGACGUCCCAGAAAGUACACCCGCAUCUCCCGUCUCGCCGUCUGCUGCGCCGGCCCCCGCCGGCCGCCCCCGCCUGAACCUCCAGAAGAGGACUAUCACCGAGCCCACCAACGCUGCCGUCUCGGCCACCGACUCCAAGGCCAGCCCCUUUGGUGCCGCACGCCCCAUCGACACAGCGACCCGCGAGAAGCAAGUUGAGGAGAGGCGCCAGCAGGCCAUCAUCGAGAAGCGGGAGGCCGACGAGAAGGCCAAGGAGGAGCGUCGCAUAGCCAAAGAGGCCGCCAUCAAGGCCGAGGCCGAGGCCGCACAGGCUGCAAAGGAGGCCGCCGCCGCCAAGGAGGCUAAAGCUGCUAAGGACGCUGCCGAUGCUGCCGCAACUGAGGAGACCAAGACCGAAGAGACUGCCGCGGCGCCGGCUGAGACCAACGGAGCUUCGGCUGAGGAGCAGCCGCAGCAGCCGCAGCAGCAGAAGGUUCCCAUCCGGACCCGCGAGCCCCGUGAGCCCCGUGAGCCCCGUGAGCCCCGCGAGCCCCGCGGUGACGCCCCCAAGCCCCGGGGCUUCGACGCCGGUAACUGGCGUUCCGCUCCUGGCGGCGAGCGUGGUGGCCGCGGACCUCGCGGAGGACGUGGUGGACCCCGCGGCGGCAGUGGUGGUAACCGUAACGACAACAACCGCGGCUCGCGUUCGUCCAACGGACCCCAGCAGCCCACGUCGCCCACCGAGUCCGAAGCUCCGACGCAAGACGACGAUGGCUGGACGACCGUUCCCAAGAAGGGACGCCAGGGAAGGGCGUAA